CCCACACUCUCAUAUCUUAUUACACUCUACUCCCAACCCUUGAGCCGCACUUUCUCUUAAACUCAAAGGAACGCUUCACGAAAACCCUAAACAUGGCGGCUCCAGUCGAGUCCGUUCAAUGCUUCGGCCGCAAGAAAACAGCCGUCGCCGUCACCUACUGCAAGCGCGGCCGUGGCCUAAUCAAGAUCAACGGCUGCCCAAUAGAGUUGGUUGAGCCCGAGAUCCUCCGCUACAAGGCUUACGAGCCAAUCCUCCUCCUCGGACGACAUCGUUUUGCCGGAGUCGACAUGAGGAUCCGAGUCAAAGGUGGAGGUCACACAUCUCAGAUUUACGCAAUCAGGCAAAGCAUAGCCAAAGCUCUGGUGGCGUUUUAUCAGAAGUUUGUGGAUGAGCAGAGCAAGAAGGAGAUUAAGGAUAUCUUGGUUAGGUACGACCGAACCCUGCUCGUUGCGGAUCCGAGAAGGUGCGAGCCCAAGAAGUUCGGUGGACGUGGCGCUAGGGCUAGGUUUCAGAAAUCUUACCGUUGAAGAAAGAAACACAAAAGAGAGAGAGAUAGGGAGGUUCACUUUUUGUGGUGUUAUUUUUGGUACUUUAGAGUAUGGUUUAAGGUUUAAAACAAUGGUCUUUUGGGCUAUUUAAAUGCUAUGUUAUUGUUGCUUUGAAUUUAAAGUUGUUGAAUCUUAGGGGUAUUAUUUUAAAGUUUUGCUAUGGGAUUUUAUAGUAUUUUUGUUGAAUUAAGAGUAGCUUUGUCUUGAAUAUUUUGUUAUUGUUGUGCUUUUCUUUGAUUGAAAA